UUGAGUAAGCCUCUAGUAUGACUAGCCUUCCUGGAAACCACUCAAGGGCCCCUGGAGGUCCCUGAACCCUACUUUUAGUAACCCUCUCCGCUGCUCGCAGCAGGUUACACCCACUCCUCUCUACCGCUUCCUCCGCAUCCUCCCUUCAUGCUCUCUGGAGUCUGCCUCCACCAGGCUUCCUCCUGUACUGUACUGACGGAUUGACAGAGCACAGCUGAGAAGAAAACAUACUUUGACUAACUUUACACUUCGUGGAUUUAAGAAUAAACAAAACAGGACGUCGCCUCGAGAAGUGGGUGCAUGCUGCGUUCACAGACACGACGCGAUUGGAAUGAGAAGACGCGCAAAAAAAGUUUUUCGCAAGUCGAAUAAUUCAGGAUGCACUGGUUAUUGUUCCUACAUUUAGGACUGCUUGUUUUUCUUCACAGCUAUAUCUGGGCAUUUACACUGGAAACUAAAAGCCUGACAUAUGAUGACUCCUACUAUGAGUAUGUGCCUGAUCGUAUGCAGUGGAGCAGUGCAGGGAAGCUAUGCAACCAGCGCUCAGGGGCCUUAGCCGCUGUCUCCAACCCAGUAGAAAACCAAGAAUUGACCAGCUUUUUAAAAUCGUUGAACAUCUCUCAGCCUGUGUGGAUUGCCAGGAAAGUCACGACACAUCUCACAAGCUCCCCCCAGACCCUGAUCCUGCAGUUCACCGGGCGCUCGGACAGGAAGCAUGCCCGUCUCCUACACAAGUUCCCAUCCAUGGGCUCAGUGACUGUUUGCACCCUUCUCCGCUUCGAUCCAAAUUUCUUUGGAAUUUCCACCAUCUUCUCUUAUUCCAUUCAGUCAUAUAUUAAUGAGUUCCAGCUCCGUGCAAACCUGAUCCAGGGCGAGCUUGUUCAGCUGGCUCUGCUAGUCCAUGGCAUUCAUGGACCAUACCAAAAAUCCUUCGGCCGCAAUGACUCCUGGCACUCAGUGUGCGUGUCUUGGAGCCAGAAUGGUGGACGUUGGGCACUGUUUGCUGAUGGCCUUGUGGUCUCAAGGGGUGACGGUUUAAACACUUCUGACAGCAUUGGCAGUGAUGGUCUUUUUAUUAUCGGGCAGGAGCAGGACACCUUUGGGGGUUCUUUUAAGAAGGAUGAGUCAUUCUCAGGGAGCAUCACAGAGCUGCACAUAUGGGAUCGGGUACUGAACGACAGCGAAAUUGAGACUAUGGAAAAGUCGUGUACACCCAUUUCCUCUGGGCUGGUGUUCAAGUGGAGUGGAGCAGCCAUGGAAAUAGAGACCUCCCUUACAAAGCUAUGGAGAGACAACCCAUGUCAAGGAAGCUCAUUCUUGGAGUCCAUCCUGGAUGGAAAUUCUUUGCAGAAUCAAACCAUUUCCUUUGAGUUGUUCCAUAGCCCUCAAUCUGAUGAGGAUUGUGGCAUCUUUGACCCUGUUGUGGGGAGUUGGGGCCUUGCCAAGUGCGACUCAUCCAAAGGGGCUGUCUGCCAAUUUAAGAAAGAAGUGUUGGAUGUUAUCACUUUACCGAAGACACCAUUCUUCAAUAGAUUGAGCAAGAAUCCUCUAACCAAACCUGAGCUGAGUGUUAACACCUCCUGGGACAGAGAUCUGACCUUGCUACAGCAGCUGACCCAGUCUGUUCUACAUACAUUGGAGGCUGGUGGCCCAAACCUCCUCACUGCUAGUGAUGUCCUCUACCUCACCCAGAUGAUUGAGAUGGACCUGCCUGCACUGGCUAGCCCUCUCGCUGCCAGAGUCGAUGCAGCAGAAGUCAUGGUUUCCAUUGCUACCAACUAUGUAAAGAUGGCGAGUUUAAUAUUGGAGCCCCAUAUGGCUACAAAGUGGAUGGGUCUUAGUGAGGAUGGGGUCAACGUGGGGCCUUUUACUAUUGUCAAGAGCAUUGACCAUCUCACUGAAACUCUUGCAGAUAUGCUAUCUGCUGGGAGAAGAGGCUUCACUCUCUCCACCAAGAAUAUAGAUGUGUACAUAAAGUGGCAGAAGCUGUCUGAAGAGAAUUGUCAUCAGGUCUUCAAGCCAUUUGCAGUCGGGUCUCUCACCGCCAGCAGCAGUGGUCAGGAUGAAUUGCUCAUCCCUGACACUGAGCUCCAGAGGAUCCACACACUGGGAUAUAAAGAACUGAUGUUUAUUCAUACCCAUUUCAGCCGUCUGAGUGAGAUUGUGUCUGAAGCCCAGGAGCCUCCACUGAGUCACCAAGAGAAAGUUAAAAGAAUCCUCCCAGGUCACCUGGCCUCUGCUGUCAUAUCUGCUACCAUCCGUGAUGGAUCCAAAGCCCAAACCAUCCCUGUUGCCGUCGAGUUCACCCUGUCUUCAUCACAUGUGGUGGAGUAUUCACAGCGUGUUACUCCUGUUUGUGCCUUUUGGAAUUUCAGCUUGAUGCACAAUCAUACCAAUAGCUGGUCUAGCGAUGGUUGCAAGGUGACCUUUGCGGGUUCUGGCGUCACUUCCUGUCUAUGUAACCACACCACCAACUUUGCGGUGCUCAUGAAUUAUCUUGAGUCGAAGUGGAGUCCUGAGCAAGAGCUUAUUUUGACUAAGCUGACUUUCAUUGGCUCUGGCGCGUCUCUGUGUGCACUGGUGGUGACCUUAAUGUUGUUCACUGUGCUGGACAUCCCCAAAUCUGACAGGACGUCUAUCCAUAAGAACCUGUUCAUCGCUCUGAUCUGCGCCCAGGUGAUUCUGCUCUGCAGUGGCUCAGCUAUUCACAAUAAGGUAGCAUGUACACUUGUGGCAGCACUGCUCCAUCUCUUCUUCAUGGCAGCAUUUACCUGGAUGCUUGUGGAGGGUCUGCUGCUCUGGAGCAAGGUGGUCGCAGUCAACCUAAGCGAGGACCGACACAUGAAGUAUUACUAUCUCAUCGGCUGGGGUCUGCCGGUGCUGAUAGUCACCAUUACGCUGGCAUCAGCCUCAGGCAAAUACUCGGCCGACGGCUACUGUUGGCUCAGUGUCCAGAAUGGCAUUAUCUGGGGCUUCGCUGGGCCUGUCAUCUUCAUCAUUAUGGUGAAUAUCAUGGUACUGACCAGGGUGGUGGUCAUCACCAUCUCCACUGCCAAGAGAAGGUCCAUCAUGUUGGCCAUGGGCACCAGUCCUGCGGAACAAGCCUAUGAGCAAAUAAGGGCUGCAGUGAAAGCAGUGCUGGUGUUGCUGCCCAUCCUCGGAUUGACAUGGCUUUGUGGUGUAUUGGUUCCUUUCUCCAUUGUCAUGGCCUACAUCUUCAUCCUCCUUAACUCCUUGCAGGGUACACAGACUGUCAAGGUUUUUAUUUGUCAGUGACAAGGCUGAAGCAGGGAAGGGAAAAAAGAGCCUUGGUCUGGCUUGUGUUAAGCAGGUGCUCCAUUUUAACAAAGGAAGGCGAUUUGAAUUGUUUGUUUGAUUAUUUCUGCUGUAUUUAUUCAGAGGUCAGCAUUAUUGAUGUUGUUUGUGGCUUAUCAGCGUUGAUUUCAUGCUUUUACUGCUGAAAUUCAAUGAGUCGUUUUGUCACAAGUGCCUGUGUGCAUCACAGCCUGUGUAUAAAAAUGGUUACAACUUUGAGAAAUAUUGGUUUUCACAUGGAAAAAGAGUAAUACCUUUGUAGCCUCAUUACCCACUGCACUGCAGUGAUGAGGUAGAAGGUGAGGGGGAAAUCAUGUAAUUCUCUCACUGCAGCAGGGGCCCCAUGUUAUUCAGCUUCCCCACCAUGUCCAGAUCCACCGCUGCGAUUUGUAGUCGUCUUUUAAUCUGCUGUAUCUUUAAUUGAGCUGUAUAUUUAACGAGAAAAUCAAUAGAGGUUUUAGCUGCAGUCUGAUCAUUAAGCAAGCUGUUCAGUGUUUCCGCCUCAUAUCUAAUUAGAUUUUUUUCAGUGUCGACAGUAUUUGAUAUGGAAGGUUUUUCUUGGCUCUUUUUAUAUGACAUCACAGCUUCACAUGUUAACACUUCAUAUGGAUUUCUGUUCUGUUUCAUGCAUUCAUCUGUAUGUCUCUCUAUGUUCACUCAGCUGUCCUCCUGCCUUUCAGCAGUCUUUGUUUGUCUAUCUGCCUCCCUCUCUUGGUCUGUUACCUGUCUCUUAACCUAUAUUUGUGCUUGGUUUGGGUAAUCUAUUAAUGCUAUAUUAUGGUGAUAUGAGACUAUAUAUUGUCUGAGAUUUUGGAUAUCAUCAUAUCACAAAAUGACAUACAGUAAAUGUCUUUUUUCCUUGGCUUUAAAGGCUGCACAACAAUAAAAUUCAUGUUAUUUUCCAAACUUUUGUUCAGUACAAACAACAACAACAGUCAGAACAUUCAUCAAGUACCUUUGAGGAGAUUUCUGAAUCUUGAGAUACAUAUUGUGUAUUAUUUUUAAGGCUUUCUACUUUCUACAAAUCAAUCAACAACCUGAUUAAAAUAAAUAAAUACAUAGAUAAAAUACCAA